GGGCAGUGCUCCACGGGCACACAGCAGUGCUGCGACAACGUGACGACGGCGGACGACCCCGACGCGGCGGCGCUAAUCAGCCUCCUAGGCAUUACCAUCGCAGACCCGACGACGCCGCUCGGCUUGGGGUGCACGGCUUUACCUGCUGUUGGCUGCCAGGACUCGACGCCGGUAUGUUGCGAGAACAAUAAUUACAACGGAUUGGUGAACAUCGGCUGUGUGGCUAUCAACGUCUAA